AUGGUCGGCUCCCUGAGCCUAAACCACACAGUCGACACUCUCAAAAGAUUGGUCAGAAUCUCCGAGGUGUUUCACUGGCCACAGUUUGUCGCCCACAUCAACGACUCACUCGUGGCGAGAGUGACCCAUUUUUUCAGUUUUGAGCCAGAUGAUGAUGAUGUUGAAGGACUUCCUCCCCAUUUUAGACGUCGUGCUGUUCCCCAGACUGAACAGCAGAUGAUGUUGUUCCAGCAGGCGAUGGUGUGGCAUAUCGGGAGGGAUGUUGAAGUGGUGUAUGGUCAGGCGAUGACGAGGAGGGUGGUGUUUAGGCAGUUGGGGUGUACGGUUGGGCAGUGGGAGAUGGCUGUGGGUGAGUAA